AUGGCUACGCCGGGUUUCUCGAUAUUUGGAGUAGAGGCAGAUUGGAAAGUGGUGGGAGCUUGUAUGGUGGCCGGUAUAGCGGUCGCCGCGUUGUGUCUUGCAGGAUCGGUGUACCGGUCCUGCGUUGAUCAGUCUGAUCAUCGCAAGCGGGACGGAGGGGAGACGGUCGGCAAGAACGGAAGGGGACCGCGAGCCAGGAUCGCGAACCCGGAGCCCAUACCCUACCGGCCCUUCAAAUGGGGUGAAUACCAGUACGCCGAUCCUUCACGAUCGUACCUCAUACAUGCUACCUACUCCCACUGCAGUGUCACGAUGGGCAUCCGGAGCAUGCCCUGGGAUGAGUGGGUCGAGCUGAGCCUAGGCCCUUCUCCCUUUCAUUGCCCGACCUCCACAACCCCGGACUUCCGUGCCUUAGCUGAUCAGCAAUUCUACGAAUACCACAAGAUCACCGAGUUCCGCAUCCGGACGCGCCCCAAUCGUGUGAUCAUGUACCAUCCUCCCCAGGCUGGGAUUGUCGGCUCCGCCCGGCCUGCAGCGGAGGAACUGAUCCAGGAGCUUGCCGAGUUCCUCGUCCGAAGGUACCCCGCUUUGUACUCUAUCGCCCGGUAUGAGAAGGGUGAGCGGGGCACGGGUGGGUGGCACGGAGCGGGUCAAGUCAAGACGAUCACGAUUGUACCGCUUCAGGUCACGUACGAUCUUGGACCGAGGAUCCUUGAAGGUGGCGAAUCUGCUGUUGGUGCUACCUCGUUGCAUUGUAGAGUGCAGGAGGAUUGGGCGAUCAUGUUGGAGGGCACUGAUGGGCGGUAUUGGCUACAGGCCGGUGCUGUUUGCAAGCCCGGAUUCUGGAGACUCCAGGACAAGCUUGGUAUGCCCCUGGAAGAAAUUCACUUGUCCGGGAACGUACCACAGUACAAGAGCAAGCUGCAUCUCAGUAUGGCCCGGUUCUUCCGCCGCAUGGCCGUGGACAAACCCGUCACCCGCAACAAUUAUUUCUUCCAAGUCGUCAAGCAACCAGAGCUACAAUCGCAAGAUGAGCCCGCGGUGCACGUCGACCCGACGGAAAUCUCCUGGUCGCGCACGAUGCAUGGCUUCGAAGACAAGAAAGACUUCGAGCGCGCGGCGCUGAUCCGCGAGGAGAAGGAAACUGUGACAGAGAACGUCGCCGAGCACCAGUCUACAGAACCGCUCGACCCGACGACGGUCUUUCUGCGGACGGAAAGGCAGACGCUGCGCAGACUGCCCAAGACGGGCGCGAUCGUCUUCACGAUUCGCGUCUACCAAACGCGGGUGACUGACCUGGCCAAGGAGCCGGGUGUACCUGGGCGGCUGGCAAGCUCGAUAAGAGGCUGGUCGGAGGACGUGGCGCAAUACAAGGAUCUGUUCGCGUACAAAGAUAUAUUGCAGUAUCUCGACGCGCAGCAUGCAGAUCAGCUGGAGAAAGGACUCACCAGUCCGGAGGCCCGCAGCUCUGCGUAUCCAUUCUGA